AUGGGUAUCAAAGGUCUUCAUGGUCUUCUCAAAUCCAUCCAAAAACCAUGCAAUUUGAAGAAAUUCAGCGGCCAGACGCUGGGAGUGGACGCAUAUGGUUGGCUACAUCGUGGAACGAUCGCCUGUUCGGUUGAUCUUGUUCUGGAUAAACCGACAACCAAACAUAUCGACUUCGUGCUGAAUCGUGUUCGCAUGCUGCUCUACUUCGGCAUAACCCCUUAUCUUGUGUUCGAUGGUGAUGACCUUCCCAGCAAAUCCGGCACGGAAUCCGAUCGACAUGAAAGGCGCAAACAAAGCAAAGCCCUCGGACUAGAGCUUCAAAGAAAAGGGAGGAUGGCGGAAGCCUAUCAAGAGCUGCAGAAAGCUGUCGAUGUGACUCCGUACAUGGCUCGACAACUCAUCGAGGAGUUGAAAAAGUUAAAAAUCCAAUAUGUUGUGGCUCCUUACGAGGCAGAUGCCCAGCUAGUCUACCUUGAGCGGGAGGGUAUCAUCAACGGCAUAAUCUCCGAAGACUCCGAUAUGCUGGUGUUUGGUGCAAAGAGGUUGUUAUCAAAACUCGAUCAGCAUGGGGACUGCAUUGAGUUGAACAGAGCCGACUUUACAGCAUGCCGCGAGGUUAGCCUGAUAGGAUGGACGGAUGCAGACUUCAGACGCAUGUGCAUUCUUAGCGGGUGUGAUUAUUUGCCUAAUAUCGCAAAGAUGGGCUUGAAAACCGCAUAUCGGAGCAUACGAAAGUACAAGAACGUGGAAAGGGCGUUGCGAAUGAUUCAAUUCGAGGGAAAUUACCAUGUUCCAUCCGACUAUCUGGAGAAUUUCAAUCAAGCAGAGCUCACGUUCCUCUAUCAAAGGGUAUUCUGCCCUAAAGCUGGAAAGCUAGUUACCCUUACGCCACCUGAAAAUGAUAUUAAGCUCGAUGAACUCCCUUUUAUCGGAGCUGAUGUCGACCCGGUGACUGCCGUGGCUGUGGCCCAGGGAGACUUGGAUCCGGCAACAAAGGAACCCAUUGUCUUGAAGCCACUCGAACCUAGCAAGCUGGCCCCCGGCCUGCAUCGCCGACAAACCCUAGGUUCGUCUGCUGAGCUAAAACCAAGCAAGCCCAUCAACUCGUUCUUCACUCCAAAACGGACGCCGUUGGCGGAGCUAGAUCCGAACACACUCUCCCCCUCUCCCAGCCAGCAACGACUUCUUCAACGCCAUGCUAACAGCUCCUGGGAGAGCAGCCCUGCCCCAACCAGAUCAAACACCACAAGAUCCGCAUCCUCUAUAGGGCAAUCCCACCGAAUCUCCAGCCCGGUGGUGAGAAGUGUAGAACGCGAUUCCUUCCUGGCUCGAGCUGCCAGAAUGUCGACUUUUCAGCCCACCAAGCGGCAACGACUCUGUUCUGAGGCCGAUGAUGAAGCAUUACCUACCCAGCCUGAUUGCCGCAGUCGUUUCUUUGCGCACGCAGGCGAGGAAGCUAGCCCUAGUGGACACAAAAUGAAUCGAACGAAAAAGCCACGAAAGUCCAAUCUGGAAGUUUUCUCCGACGAGUCUGCCGAAGACAUCAUGACGCAAAUCGCUGGCCCCGAAAAUUCGCCCGAAACCUCCACAAACAAGGGUCAAGCAGGUCAAGCUGACGAGAAGGAGACCGCGCCGGAUUCCGAGUCACCCUCCAAAACUGAGGAUGCAGGACAGACACCACAAGUCGCUAGUGAAGCCAAGGAGGGCCUAGCUACUUCUCACGAGCAACCUGAGAAGUCCGUGAGUCACGAGUCUCACCCUGAGGUUUUUAACCAGGUACUAGAUUACCACAUUGGCAAGCAGAACUCUACGUUACUUUCAAAGUAUACGUUUAAGGCUGGCGCGGUUCGCGACGAUAACAAGUCCAGUCCUCAAACGACAACCCUGCAGCGACAACACAGUUUUGGCUUUAACUCUAGGACGUCAUCCCCCAGACGUGCACUGGGGGCCCAGGGGCAAUCACCUAGGCGUCAACGGUUGACCCCCCUACAGCGAUUGGGGCAGACCGCCUUGUCUCGGUCUCGAUCGAUCAACAUCCCGACCAUUAAGGGAUUGGGCGCUCGAUCUGGCGAGUCAAAACAAGGCUCUGUUGAAACAAACACCGUCCACAAUAAUGUUCCGAACUUGGUCGCCAAUGGGGGGAGCGAAGACCUCAUCGUGCCCGAUAGCGAGGAUGACGAUGACAGCAACUUAAGUGACGGUGGUGACCGACCGCAGCCCAUCUCGCUGAAUCUCAAGCGUUUCUCUUUUGCAGCAAAAUAA